AUGACCUCCAGCGUGGGUGUGGUUCCAAGAGACGCCUCACCAAGAGAUAAGGAAGAGACCGCACGGCCACAAAUCCCUUCAAAUGUACGAACCAAUUUAGCGCAGAGAAUGAAGCUCGGUUGGCUUCAUUUCUACUUCCUACUCUUCCUCUCUGUGUGCCCCUUCUUCCUCCUCUGCAUCUCUGUACCCCAUCCUCCUCUGCCUCUCCGUGUGCCUCUUCCACCUCCUCAGCAUCUCUCGCUGUCAAUACCAACAACAGAAGAGCAGGUGUUGCAGGCAGCCGAGUUGUCAUUGCUGCCAGAUUUCCUUCAGCAGUCGGGCGUGGACGUACCCCUGCCUCAGAGUAUCAAUUUCUCAACGGAAAUAUUGGACAAUGAUACUGACACAACAAUCGCACCACAGGCAAACGCCACUGUGACGCCACAGGCAAACGCCACUGUGACGCCACAGGCAAACGCCACUGUGACGCCACAGGCAAACGCCACUGUGACGCCACAGGCAAACGCCACUGUCACGCCACAGGCAAACGCCACUGUGACGCCACAGGCAAACGCCACUGUGACGCCACAAGUAAACGCCACUGUCACGCCACAAGCAAACACCACUUUCACGCCACAGGCAAACACCACUUUCAACGCCACAGGCAAACACCACUGUCACGCCACAGGCAAACACCACUGUCACGCCACAGGCAAACACCACUGUCACGCCACAGGCAAACACCACUGUCACGCCACAGGCAAACACCACUGUCACGCCACAGGCAAACACCACUGUCACGCCACAGGCAAACACCACUGUCACGCCACAGACAAACACCACUGUCACGCCACAAGCAAACACCACUGUCACGCCACAAACAAACGCCACUGUCACGCCACAGGCAAACACCACUGUCACACCACAGGCAAACGGCACUGUCACGCCACAGGCAAACAGCACUGUCACGCCACAGGCAAACACCACUGUCACGCCACAGGCAAACACCACUGUCACGCCACAGGCAAACACCACUGUCACGCCACAGGCAAACACCACUGUCACGCCACAGGCAAACGCCACUGUCACGCCACAGGCAAACACCACUGUCACGCCACAGGCAAACAGCACUGUCACGCCACAGGCAAACACUACUGUCACGCCCCAGGCAAACACCACUGUCACGCCCCAGGCAAACACCACUGUCACGCCACAGGCAAACGACACUGUCACGCCACAGGCAAACACCACUGUCACGCCACAGGCAAACACCACUUUCACGCCACAGGCAAACACCACUGUCACGCCACAGGCAAACACCACUGUCACGCCACAGGCAAACACCACUGUCACGCCACAGACAAACGCCACUGUCACGCCACAGGCAAACACAACUGUCACGCCACAAGCAAACACCACUGCCACGCCACAAAAAAACGCCACUGCCACGCCACAAACAAACGCCACUGCCACGCCACAAACAAACGCCACUGCCACGCCACAAGCAAACGCCACUGCCACGCCACAGGCAAACGCCACUGCCACGCCACAAGCAAACGUCACUGCCACGCCACAAGCAAACGCCACCCAGGCCCCUUCACCAGCCAAGGUCACCGUCGCCGCGUUGGGUUCUUUAAUAAGCUUGAUUUCGUCUGCGUCUUCGUCGUCGUCGUCGUCGUCGUCGUCGGCAGGGUCGUCUACGCCUUUCACACAGGGAGAAAGGCCGAGUUAUAUUUUGGGCGGAGGCAACUGAAGGAGAGAGGAGGAGGUGGAGUGAGGGAGAGCGAGUCCAGUAAAAAGGCUAGAUUACCGUCGACAUUGGAGGUCGUUGAGAUUUCACUGUUGGAGAUCGUCCAGGUUUUGGUAUUGAUAAUAUUUCACUGUUGGAGAUAGCACAGGCUUCAGUUAAAGAUAUAAUUUCACUGUUAUAAUGUUGAACAUAUUGUAAAAGUUAUGACAAUUCCAUUGCUCGACUAAAGUAAACAAUAUAUUAUGUGUCUGAUGUAUAUACCAAAGCGAGGUAGUAUUUUCUUUUUUAAUUCUCUCUCCCUGUAUAUUAUCCAAAAGUGUAAUUGAUAUUUAAGUGUGAUUUGAGAAUCGUUUUUAUUCUUUUAUAGGUUUAAUGGUCCAAUUUUAUGAUAUAUUUUACUGUGUUAAAAAAAGGAAAGGAAAA